AUGCCAAUGAGUCUGCGCACAGUGCGCAGUCAACACACCACCAGUGCUCUGACUUCUGUAACUGGUAAUUAUAGUAUCAGACUGGUGAAUGGUAUAAAUGACUGCUCUGGAAGAGUUGAGAUGCUGUAUAAUGGCACAUGGGGGACAGUGUGUGAUGAUGACUGGGACAUGAAUGAUGCUGCUGUGGUGUGCAGACAGCUGGGAUGUGGAACAGCUGUUAGUGCACAUGGCAGUGCUCAUUUUAGCCAGGGUAGUGGUCAGAUCUGGUUGGAUGAUGUGGGAUGUUCAGGAAGUGAAUCAUUACUCGCACAGUGCUCACAUCCUUCUAUUGGAACACAUAAUUGUGGUCAUCAUGAAGAUGCAGGUGUCGUCUGCUUAGGUAAAAUACCAGACAUAAGGUUGGUCAGUGGGUCUGAUUCAUGCUGUGGGAGAGUGGAGAUCCGUUAUAAUGGCCAGUGGGGAACCGUGUGUGAUGAUAACUGGGACAUGAAUGAUGCUGCUGUGGUGUGCAGACAGUCACAGUGUGGAUCAGCCAUCAGUGCACCUCAUGGAGCCGCCUUUAGUCAAGGCAGUGGAUCGAUCUGGCUGGAUGAUGUUGAAUGCUCAGGAAGUGAAGGAGCCCUCACACAAUGUUCACACAGUGGACUAGGAAAACAUGACUGUAAACAUGAUGAAGAUGCUGGUGUUGUUUGUUCAGGUGAGCUGCAGAUGCCGACUCUUUCCCUGACCUCCACACAUGCAGUUGUUUCUCCUGGAGAAUAUAUCCAGUUCAGUUGCACAACACCUAAACCAAGAUGCAAUGCUAAUGCUAAAUUCCAGCUCUUCAUGAACAGAGCAUCUAUAUCCUCCCAGACACAUGAAUCUAGUGUGACUUUCAACCUUGUUAAUGUAGACGUCUCACAUCAGGGCAGCUACAGCUGUCGUUACUCCUACCAAAACAACACUGUCAAGUCACCUUUGAGCAACACUGUUAUCAUUACUGUGGUGAACUUGCAGCAGCCCAGUAUUUACCACAGUGCUCCUGAUGGAUGGUUUGACGUGGGGCCUCAGGGGCCAGUGAUCACCAGGGGCCACAAUUUCACUAUCAUCUGUUCAACUCAAUCUCAGUAUCCUGGAGGAUCUUUUCACCUGUUCAGAGGAUCAAACAUCACCAGGACUGAGUCAGCUGUCAGUCACUUUGCCUCCUUCUUCUUUCCUGAGGCAGAUUAUUCACACGAGGGAAACUACAGCUGUGUUUAUGAAGUCAGUGUCUCCUCACGCUCCUUCCGUUCAUCUGCCUCUGAACUGCUGCUCAUCACUAUCACAGCCUCCCUGCUUCCUGUCAUUGGUGCUGCAGUGUCAGCUGUGCUGCUCUUAUUGUCUGUCCUCAUAAUCAUCCUCCUGCUGAAGAGAAGACAAAAGCAAAGGAACAAGGAAACUCAUUCAAAGUGCUCUUUUCCAAAAGGUGCAGCUAAUACAUAUGCAGGUGCAUCCCAUGAUAACAAAAAUGAAGAUGAUGAGGAUGAUUAUGAAAAUGUAGAACUUGGUGAAAACAUGGAUCAUGAUGAUUCUGAGGAGGACUAUAUUAAUGUGGACUCUGAUCAUUCUGAAGAGGACUAUAUUAAUGUGGACUCUGAUCAUUCUGAAGAGGACUAUGUCAAUGUGAAUGUUAUAGAAAAUAAAAGUGUGGUAGACAAAUCUGAUGAUAACAUUUAUGAAAGCUGUUGUGAUUAAUACUGAGUGACUAGUGACUAAAACGUUAUUUGAGAGACUGGUCUUUGCCUACCUGAAGAACAUCACUGGACCAUUGAUGUCAACAUGGGACUGC